AACGAGGAAGAAAACUCGUCAUCUUCUUAAAAAAAAACAAAGAAAACUUGUCAUAGCAUAGCAGAGAGAAGAAGGAAAAGAAAAGGAAGUGAAAGGAAAGGAAAGGAAAGGUAAGGAAAGUUUUCUCUUCUCCUUGAAAUGGGAAACUGCGUUUAAAGCUCUCUCUAUCUAUAUAUCAUAUCAUAGCUCACGCUUGCACACAGUGCAUGAGCCUCACACUCUCAUCUCUCAAUCUACCUCAAUCCCUUUACAUAAUUACCCAAAAAUCCACUUCGAUACUUCCAAGAUAUUGAAAAACAAUAAAAAAAGCUUGAAAAUUUUCAUCUUUUAAGCCUUCAUUUACUUUUUGGAUUUGGGUAUCAUCCCCGAUCUCUCCAAUCAAUCUGUUUUUAAAUCUUUCUCGAUCGGUGUUGGUGCUGGAGGUGGUGGUGAUUUCUGGGUCAUGGCGAUUCCUGCAGUAGCUGUCAUCUUGCCUUUGGGACUUCUCUUCUUCUCUUCUGGCCUUAUUGUUAAUCUCAUUCAGGCUAUCUGCUUUGUUCUUAUUCGGCCAUUGUCCAAGAGCACAUACAGAACGAUCAAUAGAGCUUUGGCAGAGCUGUUGUGGCUGGAGCUUGUAUGGGUUUUUGAUUGGUGGGCGGGAGUGAAGGUGCAGUUAUUUACAGAUAAGGAGACCUUCUCUUUAAUGGGCAAAGAACAUGCACUUCUCGUACCCAACCACAGAAGUGACGUUGAUUGGCUUGUUGGAUGGGUUUUGGCUCAGCGGGCAGGAUGCCUUGGCAGUGCAUUAGCUGUCAUGAAGAAAUCAUCAAAAGUCCUUCCGGUCAUAGGCUGGUCCAUGUGGUUCUCUGAGUACCUCUUCCUGGAAAGAAGUUGGGCCAAGGAUGAAAGCACUUUAAAGUCAGGUCUUCAACAGCUAAAAGACUUCCCUCGACCUUUUUGGUUGGCUCUUUUUGUCGAAGGAACUCGUUUUACGCAGGCAAAGCUUUUAGCAGCACAGGAAUAUGCAACCUCAGCUGGGUUGCCUAUUCCUAGAAAUGUUUUGAUUCCUCGUACUAAGGGCUUUGUUUCAGCAGUGAGUAAUAUGCGCUCAUUUGUUCCAGCCAUUUAUGAUGUAACAGUAGCCUUACCCAAAAGUUCCCCUCAGCCUACAUUGCUCAGGAUGUUUAGGGGUCAAUCCUCAGUGGUGCAUGUACACAUAAAACGACGUUUGAUGAAGGAUCUACCUGAAACAGAUGAUGCUAUUGCGCAAUGGUGCAGGGAUAUAUUUGUUGCCAAGGAUGCGUUAUUGGACAAGCAUAUAGCUGAUGGCACGUUCAGUGACCAAGAAAUGCAGGAUAUUGGUCGACCUAUUAAGUCUCUUGUGGUUGUUAUGUCCUGGUCAUGCUUACUUGUUUUGGGGGUCUUGAAGUUCCUCCAUUGGUCAUCACUUUUGUCAUCAUGGAAGGGUAUUGCGAUAUCGUCAUCUGCACUGGCCAUUAUUACUAUACUUAUGCAGAUAUUGAUACGCUUCACUCAGUCGGAGCGUUCGACUCCGGCCAAGGUUGUCCCAGCGAAGCCCAACAAAGGAGAGGCACCCAUAACAGGACAAGACAAACAACACUAAGUCACAGUCUGUUAGUUAAGUUUCACAAAUAUCAGUAACUUCAUCAGAAAUCAUUUUUGUGAAAAUACAUGUAGUUUCUGCUUCGCUUGAUUCGUAUGCGCUGAUUUUAGACUAGUUGGAGCAGUUCUUAUGUUGCACAGUUUGUAUGCAUAUCAAUUCAUUCUUGGCCAGUAAAAUUAGGCAAGUCCUGUACAUUACAUCAACAAUGGCUGUAGCAGAUACAUAUCAGUCAUUUUCCUUCUUUUC